AUACAAUUAGCAGAAGAAUCAGCGCACGUAUGACGAGGAGGACGGCAGACUGACAGUGCAAAGUGAGGGCUUUUUCGAGUUUACGACGAAUAGGAUCUUGAAUUUAAACUAGCAGCAACAUUGACAACAUGGCAUCGUCAAGUACUGGGGAAAAGCCAAGGGUGCUAGUGCUUGGAGGUUGUGGUUUUAUUGGGAGGAACUUUGUGCAUUAUUUGGUGAGCAAAGACUUAGCAGCGAAGAUCCGUGUGGCUGACAAAACACCUCCUCAGAUGGCAUGGAUGAAUGAGAAGCACAAGGAAGCAAUUGAAAGUGUGGACUUUGUAUCAGCUAAUCUCAUCAAUCCAGGUUCAGUCUCUAAAGUUUUCUCUGAUGGGGAUGAUUCAUAUGAUAUUGUAGUCAACCUAGCAGCCGAGACUCAGUACGGCAGAGCUGAUGUGAUAUAUGAGGAAGGCAUUGUAAAACUCAGCCAGAAUUGUGCCCGUGAAGCAGUAGCUAGAAAUGUCAAGAAAUAUAUUGAGCUAUCAACAGGUCAAGUUUAUUCUUCAGACAAGAAAUCCAGCAAGGAAAGUUCAUCCAAGCUUUCUCCAUGGACAGGCAUUGCUAAAUGUAAAUUACAAGUAGAAGAAGAACUCAAGAAGAUUGAUGGAUUAAACUACUGUGUAUUAAGGCCAGCAAUUGUGUAUGGACUAGGAGACAAAUAUGGCUUGACUCCUAGAUUAAUAAUUGGUGCAGUUUAUAGACAGCUGGGAGAAAAGAUGGAGAUGCUGUGGUCAGCUGAUCUAGGGAUGAAUACAGUUCAUGUAGAUGAUGUAUGCCAAGCUAUCUGGCAUGUUGCUAAUAAGGCUGAGAAUGGUGAAGUCUUUAAUGUAGUGGACAAGUCAUCUACAACACAAGGUGUGAUCUCAGAUCUUGUUUGUCAAAUCUUUGAUAUCAAGUUUGGAUUCUUGGGAACAGCUCUUACUAAGAUUGCUGAAUUGAGUAACAAGGACAUAGCUGAAUUUUGCAAUGAUAAACAUACUGAACCUUGGUCAGAGGCAUGUAAACUGGAUAAGAUAGAACACACACCACUCAGCCCAUAUCUAGAUGCGGAACUUCUUUAUCACAAACACAUGUUGUUGGAUGGUAGUAAGUUAGAGGCAACAGGCUUUACUCACCACAGACCAAAAAUAACCAAGCAAGCUUUACAAGAGAUGGUGGAUGACUUUGUCAAGAUUGGUGUUUUUCCCAAGUCUUUGGUGCCGAGCUGAUUCCAAUCCAGUACACUCUAAAAAUUGUUUUCUUUGAGGGCUUUAUUGGUAAUUGGUGAUUUUGCUGGCAAAUACUCAAGGAAACAGCUCUGAAAAGACUGAUCUAUUCUGUGGCCUAUGUUAUGUGGAUUACCAGUGCAUUGUAAAUGUUCCUUUUAUUGAUUUAUGUCUUCCAUAUUAGCAGCUUCUUUAUCAAGGAAUGGAAGUAUGGUUCAGUACUGUGUGAUAUUAGGUUGUAUUUUGAAACAUGUUAUGCUGUAUAUGUCUUAUGCUUAUAAGCCAUGAUGGAGAAAAGCUAUGUAGAUUAGUGUUAUAGUUUGGAUUGUGAUUUCUCACUAUCACUUUAAACCAUGCAUAGGAGGUCAUAUUUUAAGAUUUAAAGCCAGCCAUUGUCGUCUUAUCAUAUGCAGAUACAUGCCUAUGAUAAAGUUGUUUCCUUGAUAUCUAUUGUACUGGGGGCUUUCCACAUUUCGUUCAUAUUUAAAGAAAUGUACACAUUCUAAUGAACAAACUGGUGUAAUUUUCAUAGUAUAUUAUCGUGAAUAAUUAGUUUAGGGUUUGAUAUAUUAGGCUGUCAGUUUGGCAAUCUAUACUGUCUAAAGGAAAUAGAUUUGUUUGAUAGAUUAAGUCCAUUCUCAAAUAGCACACCCAUACAAGAUCGCCCCCUAGAUUGGUACACUGAUAAUUCAUUGAUAAUUUUUCUUGAAAUUUAAGUAGGAGAAGAUUGCCAUUUCAAUAUCAUAAAAGAGUUUUGAUGUAAAUGAAUCACAAAACACAUUCAUUCUUGUAGUUAAUUCAUGUGGAAUUAGAUAACCACACAUUUGAUAUAUCACUGAUUCUGUACAAGUAUUAUGUAUUAUUCAGUAUAUUGUCAGGUUCAUAUAAAUCAAAGUCAAUGUAUUCUUUUAAUUGGAGGCUGAUUGGACAUUUUUAUCAUGUAUCUAUAAUGGGAGGCAUCUAAACAUAGUACACAUAUGUUAGGCUGUGUCUCUUAUCAUUAUUCAUUAGCUAAUGUACAUAGAGUUUGGUGUUGGAAGUCAAGGCUAAUGUUACUACUUCUGGUUCAUGGGUUAUAUAGAUAUGACAUACAGCUUGUGGUGUGUUUUGAAUUUUACCUGGAAGUGUAAUAUCUUAGUCACAUUAUUAUUAUUUCGCUAAUGGAUCAUGUAUGCUUCAUAAUAUUUUAGUUUAGGUCAAAUGUUGAAAUGAUUGUAAUAAUUAAUCAUAAUGUAUUGAAUUACCUGCUAGCACUUUGAUUAUAGAAACAUAUUUUGCUUUGUAAAGCAGUAGACAAGGAUGUAUUUUAUGGGUUCAUCUGUGGUUUUAUAAAAUUGUGGUUUUAGUUCUUGGGAGCGAUAUAUUCAUUCUUUUCUUAUAUUCUGUUUAAUUAAAUUCCUGUCUCAUAUAUUGUAGUUGGUUGGAACCUGUGUAGAAUAUGCUUGUAAUAGAGUAAUACUGAUUUAUGUGUAAACCUAUGACAUCAUUCCAGAGAUAUCAGAUUUAUUUUGAACUGGAAGGAGUACAGUGCUAAUUAGAGUUAAUGUUUGCUUACUUUCAUUGCUAGUUUUACAUUAUCUUGCUUAUGAUGAAAUGUUUUAUAGGAAUGCAAUACUUCAAGGAACAGUAAUGCAUGGUAGUCUUGAUGUUAUUUAGUUUUUAGUAUUCCAUUUUUUGAGUGCCUUUCUUUCCUUUGACUCUGUGCAAUAUUUUGCCAAAAAGAAAUGUCUUGAAAUAUAUAUCUUGUGUAUUCUUCCAUGAACAAUACAUUCCUGUAAUGAAAAAAAGUCUUUAGAACAUCAUAAUUUCUCCAUACGCUUAUACGAUAGUGUAUGUGCAUAGCAAAUCUGAUUUACUUUUCAUCCCCCAAAUAGAUAGUAUGAAACUAGAUUACUUUGAUUGUGUAUUCCUGGUCAGUCAUGUUGUGGAAAUGUCUGUCAAUUAAUUGUCAUUUUGAAUUAUCAUAAGAUUGAUUUACUUCCAGUCCAAAAGAUUAAAAAAAUGGUUUUCAUGGCAGAGAAUUUUUCAAAUGACCAAAAUCUCAUACCAGAAACAUUACAUAUUAAUAGAUACUCAUAUUCCUGUGAAGUCAUGCAUUAUACAGUCAGUUUAAGAUGUCUGUUAGAAUGGGAGCAUGUGCAUGUUGAUGUGCAUAUUUCUUGAUAUGAUACUUAUGUACACUUACUUAUCUCCCUUAAAUUAAAAGUAACACAUUGAUAUC